AUGGCGCAUCAGAAAUCAAAAGGCGCGAUCUUUAGCCCGGAGGCUCUGGAGUCACAACUGUCCACGCUCGAAGUUCUGGCUGCCAUGUGGGCAGGCAACGAUGAGCUCUCGAUACCUUCAUCAACCUCAGAAGGUAUCGAAGCGCUGGCUAGAUACCUCGCUCUUCCCCUGUCAACGCUCGGCGACGAGGAAUGCAUCAAUGCCAAAGACGCCGUGCCGAAUGAUCUUAAUUUUACGCUAUCUAUCGACCCACUCGCUGGCUCGGAGGGCGACCGGAGCAGACAUGCACGGAAAGCGCGAAAACUCAAGCUCGAAGUCACACUCCUUCUUCGCAAACUAGCACCUGGGCAAGCCGAGAGCGAAGCCAUUUGUCCUCGCUUGAGACUCAGGAGAUCUGAGUGGCUCAACGCUGUUGACCACAUGCGGAUAUGCAAAGAGGCGGGGAUAAAUGAAGGCGCGAAGCAUGGAGUUGGAAAAAUGGAUAUCGACGGAGGUUCGUACGUCCUUGAGACUGUCGAGCGAAUAUCAGAAGCCGCCGCCACCAUCAUGGCGAACGAUCUGGAAACAGAAACACAAUGUGGGGUCGCAUCCGAGAAUGGGCAUGCAUCGCUAAGCAAGCUCGUGUAUCGCUCGUGGUCAUGUUUACCGUCACUGUCGACCAAGGAGAAGCGACAAGACCUGGUCGACUACGCCAAGCUCAACAGGCCGCCAUUGACUGGCUUUGUCCUCGCCGGAAAGCCGGCGCUCGUCGUUCUCGAGCACCCGCUGACGGACGAGCUGAACCUUUUGACGGAGGGAAAGGAAGCCCAGCUACUGGCGGCUCAAAGCAAUAUCCUAGCCUACUGGUCCUCGAUCAAGGUUCAGUCCUGGUCUGACAUUCCUUCCGGGCAUAAAAAGGUGUCCGAGACGUUGGUGGAGCGGGCUGUUCCACGUGUGUUUUCAAACAUGACAGAUACAACAGGCAGUGACGAGAUCGGCGGCCGGGAGGCGCUCAGGGGAACAUACAAGCACCGAAACGACUGGAAGCUGGUUGAGGGAUGGUUGAAGGGGAAACAGUGCGGGGGCAGAUUGAAAGAAGCAUUAGGAGCAGAUUGGAAUUGA